AUGCUCAUCAUCCUGGAGGACGAUCUUGUGGACAGCUGCAAAUCAGGCGAUGACAUCACAGUGUAUGGAGUUGUGUGUCAGCGCUGGAAGCCGAUGUUUCUGGAUUGACGCUGUGAUGUGGCGAUUGUGCUGACAAACUAUGUCAAGGUCAAUAAUGAGCAAUCCACCACAACACUGGUGCUAGAAGACAUUCAGAAGGAGUUUGAAGAUUUCUGGGACGGUCACCACCAACAUGACCCCAUUGCUGGCAGGAAUGAGAUCUUGAUGAGUCUUUGCCCUCAGGUGUUCGGCAUGUACGUUGUCAAGCUGGCUGUUGCUAUGGUUUUGGCAGGUGGGGUACAGAGAAUAGAUGCGUCUGGAACCAAGGUGAGAGGAGAGUCUCAUCUGUUGCUCCUGGGCGAUCCAGGCACUGGGAAGUCACAGUUUUUGGAGUACGCGGCCAAAAUUACACCACGCUCUGUGCUCACCGCCGGAAUCAGAUCUACUAAUGCAGGUCUGACAGUGGCGGCGGUCAAGGACUCUGGAGAGUGGCACCUGGAGGCUGGAGCCCUCCUUCUCUCUGAUGGAGGCCUGUGCUGCAUCUAUGAAUUCAACCGCAUCAGAGAACAUGAGUGCACUAGCAUCCACGAGGACAUGGAGCAACAACCCAUCAGAGUGGCCAAAACUGGAUCCCUCUCACAGCGUGCCAACAUCCCGAUGCGUAACGAGACUGUUGUUACAGAGAAAAACACAUCAGCAUAUCCAGCAGGUUAUACGACACUAGAUCAGAGGAAGCGACCAUGA